AAGCUGCAUGAAAAUCUAAAAAAAAAAACCCAAAGCAAACAAAACAGAGCCUACUCUGGACCCUUUAAGUUUUUUCACCACAUAAAAAAUUAGAAAAAUACAGAUAAUAAAAACAUUUUUAACAAAAUUCCUUUCGUUUUUUCUUUUAUAUCAGAGUCUCUUCCUUUCCUCUCUCUCUCUCUCUCUCUCUCUCUCUCUCUCGUAUACAGGAACAAGAAGAGGCUUUAAAUAGAACCAGUCACUCUUUACCCGCCAAGUUGAAAAAUAACAUAAUUCUCCUACCUCUCUUGUUCUGUUCCUGCCUUCUUCUUUGAAAUAGCUAGUUCUCCAUAUAAAUAUAUUUAUACAUUCUUGUCAGUUUCAUGCUUUUUCUUCCAUGUUGGCAUGGCUGGGUUUUAUUUAUGGAUGAGAACUAGUCAUUAGUAAAAGAAUUAAGGGGGAGAGAGAGAGAGAGAGAGAGAGUGAGAGAGAGAGAUGGUGAUGAUGAUGAUGAUCAGUGGGAGGAAAAAGGUUUUGAGGGGUGUUUUUGGAGCUCUGUUUUUUAUGGGUGCUUUAUGGUUUUUGUUUGGUGGAAUUGUUACAGGCCAUGCCACCAUCACCAUAACUAGUAGUACAGUUCCAUCAGUAGAUAAUAACCAAAUGUUGAAGCAUUGGAAUUUGAAUGGAAGAGAUCAGAGACACCACUCUCUUCGUUGGGCUUCCAAUCUCAUCUAUGUCAGCAAGAGAAGAGUACCCAAUGGCCCUGAUCCCAUUCACAACAGGAGAGCAGUGAAGACUAGACAACCGCCUGGUCGGGCCUAAAUCUGUGAAUUGUGAAGGUGCUUUUGAAGCAUCGAAACUUGUGUGCAUGGCAGAGAAAUGUACAAGUAACUAGUAAGAUUUAUGAUCCACCAAUUAAGUAGAAGACUCUCACUUCUCACAUAAAGGGCUAUUAGAAGAAUGCAAGCUGGGAAGCUUCCAAACUACAUAUAUUUUGCUAAGACCUGGAAUUGUUAUUUGGGCCAGAGUGCAUAUAUAUAUAUAUAUAUAUCAUCUUUCAUUGGUUA